UCAAAUGGCGCGAAAUGGUUGACACACCGCCAUGCCGAUCUGUCACUUGCACAAAAUGACAUUUCAGUUGAACAAUAGCCCUGCAAGCAGAACACCGCAUAGUUUCGCACAAGAAAACCGGAAAUACAUAUAAUUGAAAGUUAUUCAGAUAUGGACGACGAACCAAAUGCCACUCAUUGUGGAAAAUUUGGCUAUGAAAUAUUCAAUGGAAGCAUCGUCAUUCCCUACAUUUUUCGCUUCAAUGAAAAAUACUGCGCAACCAAGGUUUUUUCGUGGCAUUUCGAAAUGCAGAAUAUCAACCUCAGUUCGCAUCUCAUCGAUUUUGGCUAUUUGAAAGGCUACGAAAUGUACCGCGAAGAAGCAUGUCUCAUGAAUGAAAUAAACAAAUUUCACAAUGAUUCAAUGUACCCGUUCACAUUCAAUCGAAAUGAUACGCUUGUCAAACUGGAAGAUGUUGGUAAUAUUUUCAAAUAUGUGGACGAGUGUGCACAAAAAUUGAAGUCAGGUACACAGUACAAAAUGGUGGGAGGCAGUGGUGUGGCGCGACUUUGGUUGCCGAAAUCAGAACAAUACAUUGUUUUACCGUAUGUACAGAAGAAUGGCCAACGCUAUGUACCCAUUCACAUUUUGUUCGCAUCAAACACCGUAUCACAUACAUUGAACGUCACCAAGUUGACAGGCAUCGAUGUGAUGUAUAUGCGAUUCUUACUUGACGUUCUGAAGAUCAAAAUAACAACCCUUAAGUUUGAAGUACCUUGCGUAAAUCUAGAUGGAUUAGUGGCACAUUUAACAGCCAAUGAAGACGGCUACUAUGAUUAUGAUGAAAAUUAUUGGCCGUCGAAAGAAAACAACAACCCUAAAACCAAUAACAACAAUCAACCAUUUUCCACCAGCACUAGCAAUAAGAACAAUUCGGCGGAUCAGCCCAAGGUUCCACCCGGCAAACGGAAACUCAACAGUCCAAAUAUCGAAACAAAGAGAUCAAAACAAAAGAUAUCUAUGGAUGAGAACGGAAAAGAGGAACUCAUCAAAAAACAGAAGACCGAUAAAUCAAAGAAGGAUGAUGUCUACUAUGAAGUUGAUCAUCUGGUCGAUUAUCGAAAAGAUAGAAAAGGCAAUGAAGAGGUACGGGUUCGAUGGAAAGGAUAUUCAACUGCUGAUGAUACUUGGGAGCCAGUAUCGUGUUUGAACGCCAAUCUCAAAGAUGAUGUGACAGAAUUACGAAAAAUGUGGGCAAACAAAACUAAAGCAAAAAAGAAAUAACUCGUUUUACACAAACGAUCAAACAAUGAUGACCAUCUAGUGAUGCUUGCAUUAUAUCGAACAUGAACAAGAACAAUAACCCAACAGACUCCUUUCCGAAAACAAUAGAUUUAAUUAUUUUGUUUAUUUAUAAAAAUCGAAUCAAAUCGAAUCAAAUCGAAUCAAAAUAUACAAAAAAUAUGUUGAACAAUUUAAAUUUCAAAACGAUCUGAGAAAUGGAGUACUGUCAAAGUAGUGUAUUUUAUUCAUGGCAUUGAAAUCAAAUUCUUUUAAAAGAAAGAACUAGUUUUUACAACAAAAUGAAUAAGUUCUUAUGAUGAGGCCAAAUGUCUAUUUGGUUUUCGAAAAAAAAUAUUUGAACACCGUGGAACAGUUUGAUUGUUGGCAAUUACAAUGCAAUAUUUAUUUCAAAAUCUUUUAAAAAUAAGCUAAAAACUUAAAAAUAUCAAAUUAUAAAAUUAUUUUAAAUAAAUUAUGCGAAGAACUUGAACGAACAAAAUAAAAACUAUUGAAAUGUUA